GCAUCACCAUCAGCAUCAGCAUCGCCCAUCAGCAACAGAGGCAGCAACAGCGACAGCGGCAGCGGCAGCGUCUAAAUAUAAUCAUUUUUAUUUGUGAUUUAUUUAAUCAACAUCUCACCCAGAGGCCAACCAGAGAGAUUGGCGACUGCGGGGGCGGUGUGACAACGAGAUAGAUGGAAAAUAUCAAAGAAAAGAGCGGCAAAUUGCUCUUGAAAGUGAAGGAAAUUGAACAGAAAGUGCCACAAAGUGUUUGCUUAUCGGUUAUCGGUGAUUGAAUCAAUCAGCCUGUUGAUAUUAAAUGGCCAAAAGUGCUGUUGGUGAAUGGUAACUGAUUAGAAAAGUGCGGAAAUCGUGUGUUGACACCGGAAAUAGGUUCUUAUCGAGGAUUAGACUUAAAAUACUACAAGGUUACAGAAGGAAAAACAAGAAAUUUGUUCUUAAUACAUCUUAAAACUAAUCAGAUAAAUCGGUAAUCGCUUUAAUUGCUUAUCGGUUAGGUGUCUUCUUGGAUUAUUCUGCAAGAAACGCUUGAUUAUAAAAUAUUUUAAUCAGUGUUCGCUUUAAUACAACGUCGUCUCACAGCUUAUCGGAUAAAGUUAUUAUCAGUGGCCGAGACUUCCUUAAAAAGCCGAACCGAAUGAAACGUGAAACAGUGAGUGUAAAACAUGCCCCAAAAAUGAUGUUGUAAUCGGCAAUCGCUUAAAUCAACAAUCUUAUACAAAACUGAUGUUGCCGCUGCUAUCGCUUAUCGGUAUUUGGUAUUUGGUGAAAUCAGCCCGGCCACACGACGUGUUGUUAUUGCUAUCGGCGCAUUCGUUUUGGCCAAACAUUUUAACCACAACAAAUUGUUAUGCGUUAUGUUGAUGUUGAUGUUGUUGCAUUAGCUGGCCAUUAUGCAAUAUGCCGCAGUUUGAUGAAUCUUUUUUGAGCGACUGUGCGCUGGCCGAUCGCUGGCGUUUCUACUCGUACACGGUCAAGCAAUUGCCUCCGAAUCUCAAUCCAAGUCCAAAUCAUGGACACCAUCAUCAUCAUCAUCACCAUCAUCAUCGGUGUCUUUGGAAGACACAGCGGCAAUCGUGGUCGCCGCGCGAUGACAACAACAAUAAUAAUCACAGCCCAAGUAGCAACAGCAACACCUGCAACAUCAGCAACAUCAGUACCGGCAACACGUUGCAUAGCAUCAAAUUCCACAGACGUCGCAAAUACAAAAAGCUGGCACGAUUGGCGCUAUCAACGCCAGCGAUUCCACAGCAGAUGGAUGUGGAUGUGGAUGUGGAUAUGGAUAGGGAGUUCGAUAUGGAGAUGGACACACCUGUGCCGCUCAAGAAUGCGGUGUGCCACGGCAGCAUCAGUUCUCCGUCCACGCCUGGCACCUGUUCCAGUGGUAUCGGAGUGGGCGGUGGCGGCUGCAGCAGCAGCAGCAACAACAGCAUCAACAGCGGCGGCUACUCCGCCGCCUGCACCCCGCCACCACCCACGCACCACCAUCACGGGCACCUUCAGCAGCAGCAGCAGCCGCAGGGAACGCCUGGUGGAUCUAGUCGGGUGGGUGGAGCGGCAGGAGGAAGUGGAGUGCCACCGGCACCACCCAGCGCCGGAUCGUCGGGCCACAAGAACAGCCUAAAGGGCACAAAGCUAGCGCGCCGGGCGCGCUCCUUUAAGGACGAUCUCAUCGAGAAGAUCUCCCUGAUGCGAACCACCAAUAACACCCUGGGUCGCUCCCACUCGCCGCAUAGUCCGCGCACCAAGCACGGCUCAAAGGCGCCGCCCACCACCGAGGAGGUGCAGCGCUCCACUCAGACGCUGGAGACGCACGUCAAGGACAUCUCGAAUGCCCUAAAGCACUUCCGGGAUGUUAUACUCAAGAAGAAGUUGGAGGUUUUGCCGGGAAACGGCACGGUCAUUCUGGAAACCAUAGCCAGCAUGUACUCCGUGAUCCAAACGUACACCCUGAACGAACAUAGUGCCAUCAUGAGCGGCGCCACGCAGCAGGUUUACCAGAGCCUGGGCAAGCUCAUCAAGCUCUGCGACGAGGUGAUGCUCUCCGAGGAGAGCGGCGAGUGCGCCUCCCUGAGCAACGAGAAUGUGCGGGAAGUCAUCGAUCUUCUGGAGGAUGCCGUGCGGAAUCUCGUUACGCUGGCGCAGGGCAAGCUGAAGGAGCAGGAUCAGUGCGCCUUUCGCUACAGCGGUUCUGGCUUGGGCGGCAUCGGAGCUGCGGCCGAGAUCAUGGGCAAGGUCACCGCCUCGCCGGGAGUCAUGAGUCAUGUGCCGGGCACGGGCAUUAUGCGCGUCUCGGUCGCCGAGUCGAUUGGCCAGCGCACUUCGCUGCCGGACAUAGCACUCACGCCCAAGGAGCGCGACAUUCUGGAGCAGCACAAUGUGAACCCAAUGCGCGGCUCCCACAGCACCGAGAGCAUCCUGCGCGACACGAGUCCACCGCCAAAGCCACCGCUACCCAAUCGGGCCAGUAAUCCGCCACCUCUUCCCCCCAAGCGACGCAGCCAGCCGGUUGCACCACCGGGUGUUGGAGGACUGGGCUCCUCCUCGUCGACAUCAACCUCAAAUCAGGCCAGUCCGCUGCCCUACGCCCAGUCGACGAAUAUCAGCAUCAACUCGGACCUGGACUGCAGCUCCAACAUCUCGUUGCUAAACUAUGGCGUGGAUCGCCUAUCAGUGCGGUCACGAUCACCGGAUGAGAAUAGUCAGUGUUCCUUCGACUCGGCGUUGAAUCACUCGCGGGAGGAGGAGGACCACCACCACCAACAGCAGCAGCAGACGCAGCAGCAGCAGCAGCUAAGGCAGUUUCCAAAGAUACCGGGCAUGAUAGACGAGGACAUGGAGAAGCUGGUCAGCUACAGCGCCGCCAUGGAGGACAAAGUACAGACACCCCAGCCGCUCGGUGGUGGUGCUGGUAUUGGUGGAGGAGUUGCUAGUGCCAAUGCUGGUGCUGGUGGAACUGGAGGAGCAGCCGAAGGCGGAGCUGCUGCAGCGGCUGGUGGCGGGGAGACUAACAGCAAUCGCCACUCUAACGAAUCGGGUUUCGUUUCGAUGCGCGAGUUCCAGAGUGUGCAGUCCUCCACAAAGUCAUCCAGCAGCAACUCGGACAUUGCGAUAUCGACGGCGGUGGGGAGCAGCAGCAUGGAGUACCAGCAGAUUAGCCAGUCGGUGUCGCACAGCCAGCGGCAAAUCUCGUCGAGCAGCAGCAGCUGCACCACCACCAGCUGCACCACCAACAGCAGCAGCAGCACUACAACCACCACCGGCUAUGGCAGCUCCAUUAGCGAACUGGAGCAACAGCAGACGACGAAUGCGGUGGUGGCGGAUCUGGCGCCCGCCCUGCCGCCAAAGAGCGUUCAGAGGGGCAGUCUAACCCGCCACGAGUCCACCGGAGCCGGCGAUGAGCUGGACGAGGCGCAGUCCUCCUCCUCCGGCUGGGCCAGCCACCGGAGCAGUCAAUCGGAGAUGCCCGAGAUGCGGCAGCUGUCGCCGCACCACCAUCUCAUCUGCCAUCAGCACAGCUGCAGUGCUCAGCUGCAGCACUGGCCCUCGAAGCACCGCAGCUUGAUCGAGGGCACUGGCAGCUGCGGCGCCUUUGACCAGCGCCACUUGGUGGACCAGGAGCCCCCGCCGCUGCCCAUGAAGAAGAAGCACAUGUUUCAAAGUGUGGCCUUUUCGGUUCUGGCCUACAUGGAGAUCUGCUCGGCGUCCACGCGAUCCAUUGAGCAGCACCGCCACACAGUGCAUGCUUACAACAUCAGUCGCAACCUCACGCAGAGCCAGACCAUGAACAUCAUGUCCGUGAGCAAGGAACUGUCGCCGGAGCUGGAGGUACCGCCCGCCCUGCCGCCAAAGAACUACAAGCAGCGCAUGGCGACAAGUAUGGGAUCAUCGCCCUCGCUGCAGCCCAUCAUUGUGACCACACCGCCUCCGAGUCCGAAGCCGACGCUGGGCGAGAAUGGUUCGACGGGCAGGCCGGACAGUCGGAUGGCCACCGUUUGCGAGGAGCUCCAUGAUGGUUUGGCCAGCGAGGAUGCGAUGCCAGAGCUCCGGUCGCCCGUGCUCGAUAGCAAUGAGAAUGUUAGCGCCGUCGACGAUGGCCAGACCUUCUACUGUCACUCGCAUCAGCUGCCCGGCGAGGUGGGCGUGGGCGAGGUCGUGGAUAAUGUUGGUCAGCCAAUUAGCACACCCCAAGUGCUCGAGGAGGAGCAAACGGUGGAGCCUCGGCCAGGAGUGGCUGGUGACGAGGCUGCCAAGCCAGAGAUCGCCGCCGCCGUCCGCGUGGAGGAGGAGGAGGGAGAGGAGAUGCUGAUCAACAUGCUGGAGGAGGUCAACAUCACACGGUACCUGAUACUCAAGAAGAGGGAGGAGGACGGGCCCGAGGUGAAGGGCGGCCACAUCGACGCCCUCAUCGUGCACGCCAGCCGUGUCCAGAAGGUCGCCGACAAUGCAUUCUGCGAGGCCUUCAUCACCACCUUCCGCACCUUCAUCCAGCCGAUCGACGUGAUCGAGAAGCUGACCCAUCGCUACACAUACUUCUUCUGUCAAGUGCAGGACAACAAGCAGAAGGCCGCCAAGGAGACCUUUGCGCUGCUGGUCCGAGUCGUCAACGAUCUAACGUCGACGGAUCUUACCAGCCAGCUGCUAAGCCUACUGGUGGAGUUUGUCUAUCAGUUGGUUUGCUCUGGCCAGCUCUACUUGGCGAAGUUGCUGCGCAACAAGUUCGUGGAGAAGGUGACGCUGUACAAGGAGCCCAAGGUGUACGGCUUUAUCGGGGCGGAGUUGGGCGGAGCUGGUGGUGCCGCCGGAUUGGUAGUGGCCGGGAGUGGUGGGAGCAGUGCAGCCGGUGGAGGAGGCGGUGCAGGCAACCAGCCUAGCCUGCUGGACCUCAAGUCGCUGGAGAUCGCCGAACAGAUGACGCUGCUGGAUGCCGAGCUGUUCACGAAGAUCGAGAUACCAGAAGUAUUACUAUUUGCCAAAGAUCAGUGCGAGGAGAAGUCGCCCAACCUCAACAAGUUCACCGAGCACUUCAACAAGAUGUCCUACUGGGCGCGCUCCAAGAUCCUGCGCCUGCAGGAUGCCAAGGAGCGGGAGAAGCAUGUGAACAAGUUCAUCAAGAUCAUGAAGCACCUGCGCAAGAUGAACAACUACAACUCGUAUCUGGCGCUGCUGUCGGCCCUGGAUUCGGGUCCCAUAAGGAGACUGGAGUGGCAAAAGGGCAUCACCGAGGAGGUGCGAUCCUUCUGCGCCCUCAUCGAUUCCAGCUCCAGUUUUCGGGCCUAUCGCCAGGCCCUGGCCGAAACUAAUCCGCCCUGCAUACCCUAUAUCGGCCUGAUUCUACAGGAUCUGACGUUUGUGCAUGUGGGCAACCAGGACUAUCUGUCCAAGGGCGUCAUUAACUUCUCUAAGCGCUGGCAACAGUACAACAUAAUCGACAACAUGAAACGUUUUAAGAAAUGUGCCUAUCCAUUUCGACGCAACGAGCGCAUUAUACGCUUCUUUGAUAACUUCAAGGACUUUAUGGGCGAGGAGGAGAUGUGGCAGAUAUCCGAGAAGAUCAAGCCGCGAGGCCGCCGCCCGGUUAACUAUUAGUCUUCAAGCAGCAACAGCAAAACACCAAUAUUAUAUAUUACAGUAUAUAUACAGUAUAUAUAUACAAUAUUAAUUAAACAGUGCAAACGGUUGCCACAUCUUGGAGAAGCAUCAUCGGGAGCAGCCGAAAACUAUUCUAAUGGGUCUGAGCAAUAAUGUUCGCUAUUCUCUGUCUAUAUAUACAAUUAUACAAGAUAUCUAGCUAUAGUUACCAGCCGAUGCCGGAUCAGAAAUACAUAUACUUACAUAAGACAUAGCGAUUCAGAUACGGACACACACGUAGCCGUAGCCGCGUACAAAUAACGAGCCGAUCUGUAGUUUAACUAUUAAGCUCUAUGACGGUCGGGCAAUGGCCCGGCCUCAGCUAAACUCCCCACCAAUAAUCGAGUCCCUAUCUACAGGUCCCAAGAGUUUUCACCGGACUUUUGCCAGCACUAGAACACCAAACUUAAGAACCACCAGAGACAACCAAUCAAGAAAUCAGCAACUUUCGCUUUUGUUUUGAGAUCUCUUUUUACACAAGAACACAACGAAUUUUUGGAAACAAGCUACGUGAGAAGGUGAACGUAGAAGCCAACCGACAAACUAUAUUCGAUUUCGAUGAUAUAUGUAGCGAUAUCUCGGACUUUAAAUCGAUGCAAUCCACGAGCAGAACACCAAGCAAAAGCAACCAAGCACAAAGCGCGUUAUAUGCAAUUCUCUCAAAACAACCAAUAUUAAAUACCCCUGUGUGUUAGAAGUUAUUGAAAACGAAAAUUAAACUCGAAACCGAAACCGAAACCGCGACCGAAGUCGGAUUUCAGAGUACAAAAAACAGCGGUGUCGAUCAAAUCAAUCAAAAAUCAAAUCAAUCAUUUCGCGACUCAAUUAAUCGAAGCAACUUUUAAAGUUACAAAGAAAACAAAAAACAAAACCCAUGGGAGAUUACCUAAAUUCAAUUUGCUUUUAAAUGUACGACUAACAUAAAGAAAAAUAUUUAUGGGCAUGUAAUAAUAGUUCUAAAUAAAGCUUUUGACUCCUCCUUUCGAUUCUGCAAGGAAUAAAUUUAUUGAUAUUGAUAUUGAGUGUAAAAAUAUUAAACUAGCGAAGAAUUCUGGAGCAGAGUGAAAACUGAAUGAAAUCGAAACUGAAUCGACCUCCAGUGGUUUUUACUUAGCAAAACACUGUCUCGUCUGAAAAUAUUGUCUUCUUAUUUGGAAAUGGGAAAAAGAAAGAAAAGGCUGCUUAUUUGAAGAAUUUAAUUCCCGAUCACCAUAGCCAUUUUACUUUAAAGUGAAUAUUCAUUUGUAUUAAGUGAGUUCGGUCUUCGUUUUGCUGCCGCUUCCGCUGCCGCUGGCGCAUAAAUUAUGUUUACUAAGCUAACGAACCUAAGGAUAACAAUUUUUUCGUUUUUUUUUUU